UCGGGACACCCUGUAUAUCACCUGUUUUAAAACAAUCAAGCACGCCGCUGAUACCAGAUAAUUUUUUUGAACAAAAUUUUUGAAAAAAAUUGUACCUAGUUAUUUACUGAAACCUCGUAAAUUUAUUUCGCGAUUGUCCACGAAGUAAAGAAUGAUUUUAAAAUGUUGAUUUCAACAGUAUUUUUUUUAUUUUUCCAAUUACAUUUUAACUUUGGAAGUAAUAUAUUAACAGAAAUAGAUUUCGAUAUUUUGACUAGAAAUUUAAUUGAAAAUUUUCGUGUGGAUCCUUUCCUCAAUGUUGGUGAGUCUGCAUCAAGAGAGUUAUCGCAAACUUCCAAAGAAUUCAUCGACAAACACGUCGAGCGCUAUAGGCAGCUUGUGCUAACUUCCAAAGAAAAGGAGUUUUCUAGAUCAAAGAGAAGUUUAUAUGAGCGGGAAAAAGAGGCGGAGCCUGGAGAUUACAAUACAGAUUUGAAUCCUUAUGGAAACGUAUCAACAUUUGCUUCCCGUGACACUGUAUUUUUUGAACAAAAUUUACAAUGGUAUGCAGCAACUAUAACCAAACAACCAAAUGGAAAAUAUUUUAACCUUAUUAGGAUUAUCAAGUACCAUGAUAAUACAUUUAGUACCAUCAUAGAAGCAGAGAUAGAAAAUGGUGUUAGGUUGGCAGCAUUUCCAUUUGAAAAUUCUACAAUAAUAGUGGUCGCAGAAAAUUCCACCGAAUUAAAUCACACCAAAAUUUAUGAACUAAAUAUAGAAGAGGAAUUUGAUAUUAUUGAAAAAGUCAAUGGGUCUGGAUAUCAUGAUGUUAAUAUUUGGGAGGACAACGGCAACGUAUUUAUGUCGCUUGUCGGAUUUAUGGCGAAUUCACCCGUUUCUUCUUCUUCCCGCCUGUACAAAUGGCACGGCAGACAUUUCGAUGUCCUGCAAAAUAUCCUCGAUACAGGAGCCGCAAGGAUAACGCCGUUUCAGAUUGGGGAUGAAGGAUUUGUGGCCGUCGCUAGGAAUAAGGCGUCCAGAGAUAGUGAGCCCCACGUCUAUUCGGAUAUAUUGAAAUACAACGUGGCAACUGAAAAGUAUGAACUCUUCCAGAAAAUCCUGACGCACGCUUGUGAAGAUAUCAAAUAUUUCGAGAUUGAUGCCGAAGGGGCGACAGGAGGCGACAAGCAGGGAUUCCUUAUUGUCGCAAAUUUCUAUGAAAAAGAUUCACAAGGGAAAAUAAACUAUCAAACGAGCUCAAUAAUAUACAGAUAUGUCGAUGAGUAUUUUAUUCCAUUCCAGAGUAUUGUACUUACAGGAGUCAGACAGUGGCAGCCAAUUAUCAAUGAAGAUGGAGAUGUUUUACUAGUAGCUGUGACAAUGGAUGGAUUAAGAAGUUUUGUGUAUGAUGGUUGGCAUUUUAUUGAGAGCAAUAUUAACUUUGGUGGUGAUUUGAAAAGUGCUGAUGUACAAAAUAUUAAAGCAGUUCAUUCUUAUCAUAUUGAUAAUAAGAAUAUUUUAGUUGCGAUUAGAGAAAACCCAUCAAAGAAGGAUCAUCUACUGUUAGAAAUCAGCUUCUCAACAAAAAAUGAAAUAAGACAAGUCCACGACGAGUUACUGAACUGGUGCCAGGAUACUACAAAACAGUUCAGCAUAAUGGACGAAGAUAUUUUGGAGAGGCAUCGUAGGGGAGAUAUUGAUGAAGAAUUAGAGAGCGAGUCUCAAACAGCAGCAAGCGACUCAGAAAAACUAAUUUUUAACAUCAACAAAUACAACUCUAAACUAUUCGAAACAUCAAACAAUCUAAAAAAUUCCCUUCAGUCCUCUGAACACCACGUCAUCGAGAGAGACUUGGAAGCAAAUUGUAUCUAUAUCCAAUCUACCGGCCUAUUACAAAAAAUUCUAACCGAAAAAAUUAACAAUCAGGAUGUUGAUAACGUUUUGGACAACGCAUUGAACAUCAACGAUGGUUUUCGGAUCGAUUCCGAGUUGGAAAUCGAUUUUCUACGCACAGAAGAAGAUCUGGAACCGAAAACUUUUAAUGGGCAUCACGUAGAUUCUAUCGUAUACAAAAAUACCUACAACGUAUUAAAAAAUGUUAAAAUCCUGGGAAAAGCUAUAUUUAAAGAUGAUGUAUCAAUUGGAAGUAUUAACGAUGAUAUCAAAAUCGGCGAAGACACUAUUCUGCUUAAAAACAGAGAUCAGAAUUUGGGAAAUUUGAAAGUCAGGAAAGUAAGGGCUGAUAAUGUACAAGUGAAAGCUGUGAAUGGGCGACCUAUAACAACUGAAGCGACCGGCAGCGGCCCGAAGAAUACCGGAAAAGAAAAAGUGCGAAACGUCAAGACAUUGAAGACGAAAAAUUUGAUAGUAGGAGGUUUCCUAAAUGACAUCAAUGUGCCGACUUUAGAAAAAUACGCUUUGAGAAAAUCCGGAAAACAGGAUAUUACGGCCGAGACGUAUUACUUCGAUAGGGUGGAAUCGGAACUUCUGGAUACUGAUCGGCUGUCAGGUGUAAAAAUUCCAGAAGAACUAAUCCUCAUCAACACCGGUGACUACGUUAUACCGAAAUCAUUAUUAUUCGCAACGCCCCCCAACAUCGUCAACUUAACGGUUCUAAAUCACUUGGAUAGCAUCUCUGUGACCAGUGACGGUAACCUAGACCUUCUGCUCAAAAAUCAUACAUUUCAGCAACAUGUCACCGGCUUGAAAACAUUGAAAAAUUUAGAACUGUUAAAUCCUAUUAGCGUAAGAGGAAAGCUCAAGGGCAAAGCUUUCGAAAAUAUCAAUCCUCUGAAGAAAAUCGAAUCAGAUUUGACCAUAGACCAUGAUGUAGUAAUAGGCGGUAAUGUUUUGGUUGAAGAUUUUGUAAAAUCCGUAGAUAUCACCACUGAUGAUUCGCGUAAUAUCAAUGAGGUCACCAAAGUGGUAGAAAUCAACUCCAAGGAUGUUAAAUCUGUAAACGGUGCCACAGAAUCGAUAGACACAAAUACGAAGAAGAUAGAGAAACCAGCUAACAUCGCGAUUAAGAAAGAUGAGUUGCAAUCAGUAUCUCGAGUGGUGGAACAUGGAGUAAAGUUAACAGAUGAAAAUGUGAAUAUCCCAAUAACAUUUUUGGAGCAUCUGGGAAUUGAAGACAUCAAAACAGAUAUGAUUAAUGGAGUAGAUACAGAUACUUGGGUUGUUUCAGGUGCUAAACAUACUCAAGUAAUCACUGGAUGGAAAAGCUUCAAUGGUGAUUUGGAAAUAACCGGCGAUACAAAUAUUUUCCGUAUUAAUAAUAUAGAUACUGAAGAAUUCGAGAGUAAUAUUCUUUUAACUGAUGGCGACCAGGUUAUAACUGGUAAACAUGAAGUGGAUUCUGUUAUCAUACUUGGAAAUUUGAAGGUUAACAAUACGAAAUUCGGUACCCAACCUUGGAAAAACGUUAUAACAACCACAGGAGAUCAAAUAAUAGACGCUCCCAUAACCGUUUCUGAACUUUCGGCUAACUCCACCUUAGCGAAAAAUUUGGAAAUUGAUGGAAACAUCGACGGGAUCAAUUUUACAAAAAUGGUAGAAGACGCAGUUGUUAUCGAUGUUCCUCAAAAACUAUCUGGAACUAAAAAUUUUACGAAUUUAAACAUCGAACACUUAAGGCUUAAAAAUAAUUUCGAUGCGAAGAAAAAACUGCAAGAAAUCAAAGAUAAUAAUUUAAUACUAGAAGAUCUUGACGAUAUAGAUACUAUUACAGCUAACAAAGUUUAUUUUAAUAAUAAAUUAAAUGGAAUUUAUAAAACUAAAUUCGAAACUGUCAAAAACGAUAAAAAACUGAUAGUAGAAGGUGAUCAUGAAUUUGAAGAGAUCACAGUAUUCGGAAGCGUUUUCAUAGAAACAAAUCAAAUAAAUCAUAUUGAUUUGGAUGAUGUUGAGGAAAACAGUAUAAAAAUUGAUGAACCGCAAAUAUUUAAAAACGUAGAAUUUGGCAAUAUUUUCGUUGAUACGUCGAUUUCGCACAAAGGUCAAAUCGAGAAUUUAGACUUGGAUAAUAUUUUCGAAAACGGCAAGGAGGGAAGUCAAAAUAUUCUGGAUAAAGUAGAUUUUCGCGGUGGGUUGUCAGUAACCGGUACCGUGAACAUAAAUGGGCGAUUGAACGGUGUCAAGGUUUCAGAACUUUGCGGUAUUACUUCAGAGUCUAAGACUGCUAAAAAAAUGGUAAUUGAAGGCAACGUCCUUUUUGUAAAAGGCCCGCACAUAGCUCAAAUCAAUGGAAUGAGUGAAAGAGAACUCAACGAAAACCUCUGGUUCACUGAUAGGCCUGCCAAACUACAAGGAAACGCCAUUUUCUUAGGAAACGUUACCAUGAGAGAAGACAUGGCCCUCCACGGACUUCUAAACGGCAUCAAUGUGGACUAUUUGUCGUCAAACUACCUCAGUAAAACCAAGGACCAAAAAAUUUUUGCGAGCUUAACAUUCGCCAAUACCACCGUUUCUUAAAGGACGUGACAACUUCGCAUAUGCAUGUUGGUAAUCUGAUCAACGAUAUCGAUUUAAAGGAUUUUUUGGAGAACGUCCUUAUGCAUAGGACUCAGUUGUUCGAAGAUGUGGUAUAUUUUGAGGAAGUCACGGUAGAAAACUUGGAAGGGAAUUAUCUGGUGAACAAAUUGAAUCUGGAUUCGGAGGUGAUGAGAUACGACAGGCCGAAUUUCAUUACGGG